UUUCCCCACAAACAAAAACCCCUCCCCUGCCGCCGCCUCCCUCCCCCACCCCUACUGAGAUCACCUUUUCCACCACGCACGCCCUAAAAAUAUUUUCAAAACCUAGGCCAUUCCCGGCGACCGCGGUACCGCCGGCCGUUCGCUUCCCUCGCGCCGCCUAAUCCUCCGCCCGCCACCGCACCGCCCCUCUCGCGCCCGAGUGGGGCGGAGAUCCGCGCCGGGCUUGGGCUGGUCUCUUCGUUCGCUGGUGUUUUUGUUUCAGUAUGUUAAAUCCAGCAGUAAACAGGGUCAUGGUUCAUUCAACAUUUCAGUGAAACCUACAUUUGGUAAAAUAGUUCAUGUAUGCAAAGAUGGAAUCAGAUAUGUUUCUGUACAAGUAAAUGGUAUAAUGAUACUAUGUAUGAAUCAGGAUGGAAUAUUGCCGGAUGACAAGUUGAAAAAUAUGGAAUCUGUUCAAACAAAUGGACAGCUAGGAGAUGAUGAUAUAAUAAUUAUUGACUCUCAAAGUGAUGAAAAUAAAGUUGGAGCUAAAAGUAGCAUAAGAGAAGAUCUCUUUAAGGAGCAUAAGGAGCCUGUAUGCAAAACAAUGGACAAUGAUGUGAAUGAAGAAACAUCCAUUACUGAUGACGAUUCAGAGGCUGACUCAUUCGAAUUCUUUGUCCACGAAUCAGAUAAUGAACAAGCUUUAGGAUCUGAGAAAGACACCGAGGUACCUCUAACUGAGGAAGAAGUUGAAGAAUUGGUUUGUGAAUUUCUUGAAGUUGAGAGCAAAGCAGCUCAAGCGCAAGAGUCACUUGAAAAGGAGUCAUUGGACAAAAUUGAAACUGAAGUAAGAUUGGAGUUAUCUGAGAGGCUUCAAGGAGAAGAGUUAGAAUCAGCUGUCUCAACUGAGAUGGAGCAAUUCCAGGUGCAAUGGGAAAAUGAACUUGAUAAUCUGGAGACCCGUAGUUCUAUUCUGCUGGAGCAACUUGAUGCUGCUGGAAUUGAACUUCCCAGACUCUAUAAGUCAAUUGAAAGUCAAGUUCCAAAUGUUUGUGAAACUGAAGCAUGGAAGAGCAGGGCCCAUUGGGCUGGUUCUAAAGUGCCUGAAGAAGCUAACCAAUCCAUUAAAAAGGCUGAUGAAUACCUCCAGUCUUGCAGACCUGUAAGGAGAAAACAUGGGAGGUUGCUGGAGGAAGGUGCUAGUGGCUUUCUUGCCGGAAAAAUUCCUGUUGGGGAUGGUGAUUCUAUUCAGUGUCAUGAGAGAAGUUGGAGCUCAUUCAAUGAACUUAUUAAAUCUAAGGAGAGUGCUGAAAAUACUUUUGGUAGCAGUAACUGGGCAUCAGUUUAUCUUGCAAGUACCCCCCAGGAAGCUGCAGCAUUGGGUCUCCAGUUUCCUGGAGUUGACGAGGUGGAGGAAAUAUCUGAAGUUGACGGUGUUUUUGAUGAUAUAAAAGGUCUAGAUGAAGUAGAACUUUCUGAGGAACAGAGAAGGAAAUACAGAAAGGUAAAGGAAGAGGAUGAUGCAAAAAUAAUGAAUUGCCUGCAGCGUCGUUUGAAAGGGAAAAGGAUGAGAGGCACUAAGGAGAAUUUUGGUUUGGUCUCAUCAUGCCAUGAGAAGCCUCUAUCAGAAAAUGGUGUUUUGGGUGCUAAAAGUGACCUUCCUUCAUCUAAAAAACUCAAAAUUGAUGAAAACAAACUUUCUAUUGAGGAGCUUUUCCAGAAGAGAUCGGAAACUGUGAUAAUAGAAAGUGAUGAUGAAAUGCAGAUAGAUAGAAAACCAGGGGAAGGUAGCUCAGCUAGAGUUGAAAAGGUGGCUGAUAUCAUUGAUCUUGAUGACCCAUCACAAAGCCCUAAGCUCAGUGAUAAAAGUUUGCCUAAAGCUUUCAAAUGUACCAUUUGCACUGAAAUAUUGAAUGCCUCUGAGGUGCAUCGCCACCCAGUACUGGAUGUUACUGUUUGCGGACCAUGCAGAUUUCUUGUGAUCGAGAAGAAUCGUCUUGAGGAUCCUGUAUCUGGUGGUUAUUGCACUUGGUGUGCACAAAGCGAACUACUUCAAAGUUGUAGUUCUUGUAAGCUGCUUUUCUGUAGAAAUUGUUUGUUGAAGAAUUUAGGUGAAGAAUGCUUAUCGGAAGCUAUAGCCACUGGUUGGCAGUGUUGCUGCUGUGUACCCAGUCAACUGGAAGUUUUAAUUUCUGAAUGUGACAAGGCCCUCAGUGGUGUUGAAUCUUCUGAUUCAGAGAGCAGCGACACACAUCUUUCUGGACCGGAAACCAAUGGUCCUGUUAGCAAGCGAAGAAUGAAGAAAAGGAUUAGAAGAAUUAUGGAUGAUACAGAACUUGGUGAGGAAACUAAGCGCAAAAUUGCAAUGGAGAAGGCAAGGCAAGACCAUUUGAAGUCCAUGCAAGAGCAAUCUGCCGGCAAGUUAAGAAGUGAGAAUGUUGGAACUUCCUUUGGAGCCCCAUCGGAAGUCUCUUUAAAGGAUGCUGGAGAUGGGCAUAUAGUCAACCUUGCCAGAGAGGAAGAUGAGGAACCUGUUAGGAUUCCAAGCAGCAUGUCUUUUAAACUGAAGCCUCAUCAGGUAGAAGGAAUAAGGUUUAUGUGGGAAAAUGUUAUUCAAUCUGUUAAAAAGGUGAAAUCCGGGGAUAAAGGUCUUGGCUGCAUUUUGGCGCAUAAUAUGGGCCUUGGGAAAACCUUUCAGGUUAUUACAUUCCUCUACACUGUUAUGAAAUGUGCUCAAUUGGGUUUGCGCACAGCACUUAUUGUUACCCCUGUUAAUGUUCUUCAUAACUGGAGGAAAGAGUUUAUCAGGUGGCAUCCAGCCGAACUGAAGCCUCUUCGUGUUUUUAUGUUGGAAGAUGUUGCCAGGGUGAAAAGACCAGAUUUACUAACCAAAUGGCGAGUAAAAGGCGGAGUGCUUCUCAUUGGUUAUUCAUCAUUUAGGAGCUUAUCCCUUGGAAAGCAUGUGAAGGACAAAAAUGUCGCAAAUGAAAUUACUUAUGCUUUGCAGUGUGGGCCAGACAUUCUUGUAUGUGAUGAAGCACAUAUGAUAAAGAAUAGGAGGGCUGACAUUACACAGGCUCUGAAACAAGUAAGGACACAGAGAAGAAUUGCGUUAACUGGAUCUCCGUUGCAGAAUAAUUUGAUGGAAUAUUAUUGUAUGGUUGAUUUUGUUAGGGAAGGCUUUCUUGGGAGUAGCCAUGAAUUCCGAAACAGGUUCCAGAACCCCAUUGAAAAUGGGCAGCACACAAAUUCAACAUCAGAUGAUGUAAAGAUCAUGAACCAACGAUCGCACAUUUUGUUUGAACAACUGAAAGGUUUUGUCCAGCGGAUGAGCAUGAAUGUUGUGAAGAAUGAUCUACCACCUAAGAAGGUUUUUGUUAUUACUGUAAAGCUAUCUCAGCUGCAAAGGAAGCUAUACAGAAGAUUCUUGGAUGUUCAUGGUUUCUCAAGUAGUGGUUACUCAGAAAAAUCUCACAGUUCCUUCUUUGCCAAGUACCAAACAUUAGCCCAGGUAUGGAAUCAUCCAGGGCUCCUCCAGAUGUCUAAAGAACAGAGAGGAACUUUGCGUCAUGAGGAUGCUGUUGAGAAUUUUAUGAUGGAUGAGAGUUCAAGUGAUGAUAAUACUGAAAAUUACUUUCCUAAUGGAGAGAAGCAGAAGGAUAGAGCUGACCAGCAGUCCAAAAAAAGCAACUUUGUGAAUGAGGAAAGUAACUGGUGGGAGGAACUUCUAGAUGAGAAUACUUACAUGGAGGCAGAUUACAGUGGCAAAAUGAUUUUGCUCCUUGAUAUCCUGUCAAAAAGUUCUGAAUUGGGCGACAAGGUAUUGGUGUUUAGCCAGAGCUUGACUACCCUGGAUUUAGUGGAGUUUUAUCUGUCAAAAUUGCAAAUUAAAGGAAAAGAAGGCAAACAUUGGAAGCGGGGGAAGGAUUGGUAUAGGCUUGAUGGGAGCACUCCAUCUUCUGAUCGGCAGAAUCUUGUGGAGAUGUUUAACGACCCUGAAAAUGCAAGAGUGAAAUGCACGUUGAUAUCAACUCGUGCUGGAUCUCUGGGCAUUAACCUUCAUGCUGCAAAUCGUGUGGUUCUUUUGGAUGGAUCCUGGAAUCCAACACACGAUCUGCAAGCCAUUUAUCGAGUUUGGAGGUAUGGCCAGACCAAACCUGUAUAUGCUUACCGCCUAAUGGCACAUCGAACAAUGGAAGAGAAAAUAUAUAAGCGACAGGUGACGAAGGAAGGCCUCGCAGCAAGGGUGGUGGACAGACAGCAAGUUUCAAGAACCAUCUCCAAAGAAGAGAUGUUGCAUCUUUUUGAAUUUGGUGAAGAGGAAUUAAUGGAACAGAAUGAGAACGGUUCUACCAUGACUGAGAAGCCAUUCACUUCCAACACCAGUGGAACUUCUGAACCUGUACCUGUCGACAGACUCAUGCUGAACCUACUCAGUGAACAAACUGGGUGGAUUGCUGGUUACCAUGAACAUGAAGCUCUCCUCCAAGAAAAUGAAGAGGAAAGGCUUACAAAGGAGGAACAAGACAUGGCCUUGUCAGAGUGGGAGGCUUUGAGGAAAGGUGUACGUGAUCCCGAGAGAAAAUCAAACAUGACUGCGGUUCCAGCAGAUCCCAACGUUGUGCGGUCAGUCAAGGCUGCUUCAAGAAGCCGGCAACCGCAGCAACCUAAGGUUAACUCCAACAACCAAAAGAAGUGCAACAACUUAACCCACAUGCUAACUCUAAGAAGCGAGGGCACGAAAGCAGGGUGCACAAUAACCUGUAAUGAAUGUGGCCAGGAGAUUUGUUGGGAGACUCUAAAUAGAGACAGAACGAGAUGAUGCUGGACGGCCCUGGUCUACGUGGCAUUUCAGCAACAUAUUCUUUUGGUUCUUUUGUAAAUGCUAACUUCGGGUAGUGCGUAUACAUUGCGUAUGCAGGAGUCCUAUUGUAUAGAAAAAAGUAGAGGACGAGAAAUUAGCUUUUGUGGUCCACAAGGUAGACCGCGUCACUUACAAAUGAACUUUCACAUGAUUGGUGAAACAUAGUUUUGGCAACAUACCGUUGUGGACUUAACUUUCAUUCUUAAUUCAUUCUCCACUUAUGUUCAGCACUCUUCACUAUUAACUGAGCGGUGGUGUCUGUCUGCAUAA